AUGGCCACGGGCGACAACAACGGCAGCGUAAAGAAGGAGCGGCGGCGCAGCCUGCUUGGACGCUACAGCGUGUCGACCAAGGAGUCCCCCACGCUCCCGACGCCGAUCGAGGGCAAGGCGCAGACCGCGACUCCUACGACCGCGUCCCUCCCUCUCCUCCCUCGCCGGCGGCCCCUCGCGCCCCAACCCACCGCUCUCUACCCGGAAACGCUCCAGCUCGUCCAACUCACUGACCCAGGACGAUCCCAACCCACAGAACCCGCUCGAGCGCACCUCUCCUCCCUCUCCACCACUUCCCAGGGCCGCACCGACUCCCCGUUUUCGCCCCCGUCGUCCGCCAAAUCCCCAGACUCCCGCGGCUCCUUCGCCAAAAUGUCCCUCGGCUCCAUGCUCUCCUCCCUCUCCCUCUCCCGCGCAUCCUCUGACCGCGGCCGGGACGAGGAACGCGGCCGCUCCGAGCGCCAGGACAAAGACAAACACCCGCCCGCUCCUCCUCCUACGCCGGCGCGCCCGAGGCCGACCGCGACUCGUCCGAGUCCCGCGCCCGCCCUCACCCAGUCCGACGCCGAGUCCGACGCGGAGGGCUCCCUCGCCUCGCGCGGCGUGCGCCCGCGCACCGCCUUCUCCUUCUCCGCCCAGUCCGACGACGAGUCGGACGAGGGCGAGGACGAGUCCGACUCGGACGACGCCUGGGAGGAGGGCGAGCCGCACUUCGACGAGGUCACGGAGCAGAACACGGAGGCGAACGCGCUCGUGCCCGCGACGAGCGAGCAGGACGUGCCCGACUACCUCGGCGAGGGCGUCAACGUCGUCGUCCCGCCCGAGCCGUACUUCCCCUCGACGCUCAACGGCGGCCAGGGCCGGAACCCGCGGCGGCGCAAGUCGAUGAAGCCCCAGGACCAGCUGCCGCUCAACACCUCCCGCCCGACGUUCCAGCGCGACCGCUGCAUCAUCUCCGUCACCCAGGGCGCCCCCGAGAAGAUCAACAGGGAGUCGGGCCGCGCGGGGAAGCGGUACGUGCUCGCGAGCGACCUGAGCGAGGAGAGUCGCUUCGCGCUGGAAUGGGGGAUCGGCACCGUGCUGAGGGACGGGGACGAGCUCAUUAUCGUUACCGUCGUCGAGAACGAGGGCAAAGUCGAUCCCCAGAUCCCCAACCCCGCCGAUCGUGCUACCAAGCUCCGUGCCCAGCAGGAGCGACAAGCCUUGGCAUAUAUCCUCGUCCGCCAAGCCACCAGCCUGCUUCAGCGCACGCAUCUCAACGUUUCGAUUGCGUGCCAGGCUUGGCACGCAAAGAAUAGCAGGCAUAUGCUGCUUGACAUUGUCGAUUUCUAUGAACCCGUCAUGCUCAUCGUCGGUUCCCGAGGUCUAGGAAACCUCAAGGGCAUCCUCCUCGGCUCGACGUCUCACUACCUCAUCCAAAAGUGCUCCGUGCCCGUGAUGGUCGCCCGCCGGCGGCUCAAGCGCCCCCCGCGCCGCUCCGCGCACCUCAAGGCGCACCGCGCCCGCGUCUCGCUCGCACAAGCCGCCGUCGACCGCGUCGCCUCCAAGGUCGACCAGGACGUGGCGAAGAUGCGGUCCGAGAUCGCGCGCGACGACGAGCGCCGCACCGAGGGCCACCCCGCGCCCGACCGGGACGACGACGACGACGGGGGGGACGGGGACGACACCGAGGUCGAGGGCGACGGCCCGGGCGGCGCGAUCAACGCGGGCGUCGACGGCCUCAUGGCGGGAGGCGGCUCGGGCGCGCGCGCGGUCGCGCGGGGGCUCGCGAGCGCGAUCGGCGAAGGUACUGAGAAUUCGCUGGGCGAGAAGGUGGCCGGGGCGCUGGCCUGA